AUGGAGAGACAUCCUCUGCUUGCUUUACUACUUAUGCUUAUCCUCAGUGUCACCUCAGUCUGCAGUAACGAGUACAGUGAGACUGGUUCAUGCACAGACAACCAAAGGGCCUAUAGUGGCUCAUGUUAUGAGUUUAUGACCCUACCACAAAGCUUUGGUAAUGCUCAGGCUGAGUGUGAGCUCAGCGGGGGACAUCUAGCCUUUAUCCAUAAUGAAGAAACACAGCAGUUUCUCCGGAAUCAUUUGCAGCCACAGCACAACUGGUGGAUUGGUUUAACGUCUUUAUUCUUCAACCUGAGCUCUCCCCAUUCUAAAGAUCCAUUGUCCUGGCUAGAUGGCUCUGAAGUGAGUUACUCAAACUGGCUGGACUUUCAUGGUACUGGCUGUGGCUACAUCUCCAAUGAAUUAGAUUUUCAUUGGGUGACAACAGAAAACUGCAGCCAGAAGUUCUACUUUAUCUGUGAAUUUGAGUCGGGACAGACUCUGGCCUGUCUGGACAACCAUGCUGUGCUGAAAUGUGACCCUGGUCAGGCCAUAGGGAUUGAUGAGAGCUUCUACGGCAGAAACAAAGUGCACUACUGCAGAGUCAACCAUUCUCUCUCCAACACAUCUGUACAUGACCUGUGUAACUGGGUGAAUGUAAAGAGUGUGAUAUCAGAGGUUUGCGAUGGUCAUCAAGUUUGCGAAGUUCCUGUAGAAACAUCAGCCUUUGGAGAGCCUUGUCCACACCUUGGAAGUUAUCUGUCUAUAAAAUAUCACUGCAAAGAUGAACCCAAUUUAUCAGCAAGAAAUGGAGCCAGACACUCUUCACAGUUUAAAAGGUCUGUUUCAGAUAAUAUAAUAAACACUUGCACAUGCCAAGAUCUACAUGACAGCAAUAAAGCUGAUAUUAAUAUCAAGUGUUUGACAAACUGUGAUAUAGUAGAUGUCAAUAUGAACAUUUCUCUACAAUCAGACCCAACAAAUUUAACAGAGAUUGAGUGGUUUUACGUAAAGCCUGAGCAGUUCUCCAUACAGCCUAAGGGUUCGGUUGUUGUGUCUCCAUGCAAGAAAAACAAAAAUGGUCAGAUGCAUCUUAGUCAUCUUGGAAGUGGUACCUUUUAUAAUGUUUCGAGUGUGUUAUUGAAAACCCUCAGUCCUGGCAGCACUAUUGUAGUUAAAGGCUAUAAAAAUCAAGAUCUUGGUUAUGGUUGCUACAAUAUUCAACUCCCAACAUUCCGAAACCCUAGACCGAAGCGUGCCUCUAUCGUAAAUCUACCCUCAACCACUUGUACAAUUUCCCCUUCCACUGGAGAUAUCUUUACUCUCUUCAACAUAAAUUGCAUAAGUUGCCCAAUCCAGAAUUGUAGAAUUUUCCUGAUCACCUCUACAGGUGAUUACGUGAAUAUUGGUUAUCAUGUGACCACAAACAACAACCUGUUCCUUCCACAGGGAAGCAUCCAACUGUCUUUGACUAAUUUGCUUGAUCAGGAAUACGGCACUACACUCCCCAAUCAGGUCACAGUUAGCACCAAUGUCUCUGUCGGAGCUGUAAAGAAUGUUGUGUCAAAAGCUGUAUCUCUGCAAAACUCAAGAGCGAUAUCAACCGACAUGUUAGCGCUGUUGUUUAAGACCAUUUCCGAUAACAUGAACAGCAGUUACAGCCAAAAUGAUAAAGAAAUGCUGGUGGAGAGCAUGUCUACAUCUUUGUGUAAGGCGAUGUCCCAAGGAAAUACGGAUCUUCUAAAUGGAAUUAAGGUUAUAUCUUCCUCUGUCCUAAGUCUUGUCAUGCAUGAAAAUGAGCUGACACCCAAUGCUAAGGCAGCAGUAUGCUGUGUUCUUGACCAAAUUAGUAAGAUCCAAAUCUCUCCGUUGAAGGUGAUGGGAAAUGUUACAGCAACCACUGCAACUUUGCCUGUUGUUUUGGCAGCCAGUAUUCUGCUUAACCUUUCUGCUGCCAAUGACCAACAGACCUCUGAGUCAUUGCUCCGGAUACUGAACCAAGUACAGGGCACCAUGCUGGCUAAUAAACCAAUAAACACAGAGCCAAUAGUACUCAGUUCUCCACUGAUUAAUCUGUAUGUGAACAGGCUGACAUGGGAUAAACUUAACCAGUUCCAGAUCAGCACUGGGAGCAAUUCGGUUAUCUUUUCACUUCCUUCUUCAGUUUCUUAUUGGUUUAAUUCAAAUGAUCCAGUGAAUUUGCGUAUGAUGAACAUUGGGCUAAACCCUUAUGCUUGGAACAACGAUGAGAUCAUUAGUGGAACCAUUGGGGGUCUCUCUCUUACCAAAGAUGAUGGUAGUGUUAUCCAAUUGAGAAAUCUCCCGGACGAAAUCGAGAUUCUCUUUCCAAGUGUGAGCGCUACAGCUUCAAAUCGAACAUUUCUGAACCUGACAACAGGUAACGGCACUAUGCCAAUCUAUGUGACUGCUCGACGCACCUCCCUGGUGGUGAAGUUGGAGCCUUCAGAUUCGACCCCUUUGAUGAUGUAUCUGGGCUUUAAUUACUAUCCAAAUAACAUCAGACAUUUGGCAAAGAUCCAGUUACCUCAGACAAGCAACUCCCAAGGGGACGGGUAUACAUGGGUGAUAACGCCUUACCAAAUGUAUUUAGGCGUGGGAAUUUACUAUCUUCUAGUAGUGCCUAUAGUACCAGCAGGUGGGCAAUCACCUGCGUCAGUGCUGAUCACAGCGCUUACCACUAACUGCAACUACUGGAAUGAUCAUGACAAGGGUUGGAAGGACGAUGGCUGUAGGGUUGGCCCUCUCACCACAACACUGGUCACUCAGUGCCUGUGCAAUCACCUCACAACGUUUGGGACAUCGCUCUCUGUCAUACACGACACGGUUGGUGUGUCUCACACUGCUCAUCUUUUUCCCACCUUUCUCAACAACUUGCUGGUGAUGGGUAUUUUUGGUGCCAUAUUCCUGGGCUGCAUUAUAACAGUGAUGUGGGCCCACAAGAAAGACAUUGAGGAUAAAACAAAGGUAUAG